AUUAGACUUUUCUUUUCAAUUCAGGUAUUUGGACGCUUUAUACUACGGCGUGAAAAGUGUUGGAAAACAUCGGCAGGAACAGAAAUAUCUUACUGAUAUGAUUAAUGAAGCUGCUGAUGCUGGAAUACUGCGUCUUUUUGAAUGUUUUCUAGAAGAUAUACCUCAACUUCUGCUUCAAUUAUACAUAUUUGCUCGAUCUGAAAUAGAAACACCUGAAUUUUAUGACACGACAGAAUUGUUACAAUUAUUCACCAUGUUCGUAUCUGUGAUAGCUAUGGCUUCAAGUCUUGCUGCAUUCGAACGAGCAAACCGUAAAUCGUUGAAACAUAAAAAGAACAUGUCUAUUUGCAGUACCAUUGUUGUGGCCCUUUGGCGAUUCUUUGAGAUCACCGCACGAGUACUUGCCUUGGGACUUUUCGCUUCUCUCUUCUUGACGUAUUUCUUCAUAGCAAUUGCUCUGCACUAUGGUAUUAUGUUUGCAUGGAUACGGUUUAUGAAAACAGAUUUCUGUCAUAACAAAUUUGGAGAGUUUCUUUACAACCUGGUUCUUGCAAUAGUCUACAUGUUUUCUUUCUUCAGUGGAAAGGAUGGUACUUCAAGGCAUCGAGUCACAUUCUUCUAUGUGCUGAUGUUUUUGGAAAAUAUUUCGCUAAUGUCGAUAUGGUUUGUUUAUUGCCCUGUCCAUGCAAGAUACAGAUAUCCUGCCAUGUGUAUUCACUUCGUUAGUUUUCUUUUUGGUCUAGCAUUUAUGUUAGUGUACUAUCUACUACUGCAUCCCACAAAAAAUAUCUCUGUUUGGGACAACUGGAGAAUAUCCAAAUUGCAAAACGCUUCUUUGAAGGAAAGUAAUGUCAUAGAGCAACAAAAUAAGGAAAACCAACCAGAAACUGUAUUCUAAAACAUCUGUACAUGUAACUAAGUGAUUUAUGUUAGUGUUCUUUAAACUAUGUAUAUAUGUAAAUAAAUAUGUGUAAAUGCAUA